GCGGCCCAGCACGUGUGUUGCCGUUGCUGUCAUUUCUACAAUACAAAUGUCUCAUGUGCUCGUAUGGUCCUAUCUUAACCUAACUUUGUUUUACUUAACCUUAAAUAUUCAAAAACUAAAGAGUAAACAAGUGAUAAUUGUUAUUAAUCAUAUUUCUUAAUACCAUGGUGUCCGUCAAACCUAAUUUAGAGAAAAAUAAAGACAGAAGCAUUAAACUCAAACCAAUAAAAAAGAUUAACAAUGUCAAUGCUAAAAAGAAACUUACCAAUAUCUUGAAAACUGUAAAUGUAGAGAAACUACAAAAGGACUCGAAACAAAUUGUCAAAACAAAGAAAGGUAACAAGAUUUCUGAAGAUGUUAGUAUAAAUAAGUUACCUCAACAAAAGUUAGAUGAAAAGAAAGUAACCAAGGUAAAGAAGAAUGUAAGUUUAGGCAAACUACGUAAAGACCCUAAGGAAACAGUUACUGUAAAGAAAGUUAAGAAGAUUUCAGAAAAUGUUGUUGAACAUAAACUACCUGAAGUCACAAAAGAAGUGGUAAAAGCAAAGACGGUUAAAUAUGUGAUGCCAUCAAUAGCAGUUAAGGAAGAUCUUGUUAAUUCCUGCCUCAAUGCUCUACAAAAACUAACCGCACACCAUAACAAAAAAAAUACAAUUUUUGGUUGUGAAACUUCUGUUUUUGCAGAAAUACGGUGUAUUAAAAUACCUCACCGUAGAGGAAAUGUUAAGUUUGUGCUGCCACACAGUACCGCUGCAUCUACUGGAGAAAUUUGUCUUAUUACUCCUGAUUUAAAAAAAGGAAAACGAAUUGAUCAUGAACCAACAAUAGAUCAUUGGAAAGAUAUUCUUCAGGCAGCAGGAGUAACUGAGGUUAAAACUGUUUUACCUUUAAGACAAUUGAAGGUGGAAUAUGAUCAAUUUGAAUUAAAAAGGAGACUAUUAACACAACAUGAUUUCAUUAUGAUUGACACAAGGGUAUUGAACCAUGCCUCACAUUUAUUGGGAAAAAUGUUUUUCAAAAAGCACAAUAUGUUGAUACCAGUCAAAUUGAAUGAAAAAGGAAAUAUCAAAAAAGAUAUUAGCAUAGGAUUGAGGACAUCAAUGCUCCGUUUGAAUGAAGGCCACACAUCAACUAUUUUAGUUGGUCACACAAGCAUGGCACAAAAAGAUUUGAAAGAGAACAUUCUGUCAUUAAUAAGUCAAUUGAAAGACAGAUAUCCAGGUGGAGAGGUCAACAUUAGGGCUAUAUCUAUAAAACUGCCCUUAUCAUUAUCAUUGCCUUUGUAUCUAACACUAAGAUCAGUAAAUACUGUAGGAGUUCCUAAGCUAGCACAUAAGAAACCCAAGCACUUUACUACUGUGGAAGAUGAGCUAAGUACUAUUCCAGGCAGCACAGUUAGAGUAGAACCUGAUGGUACUGUGCACUUGAAGAAACCCAAGAAAGGAGACAGAACUAAUAAAGAUGAAAACAAUUUAGAAGAUGAAGAGGAAAAGGAGAUUGAAGAAGGUUAUUCUGGAGCUGAAAUGAGUGAAGAAGAUUAAGCUAUUGUAGAAGUUAUUAAAAAUAAAAA